GUACGUGCGCCGCCGAAAGACCCCAGAGGGCCAAGAUGGCUGCGCCCGUGACAGACGCCGGGGAGUUUGAAAGCUGGCUAAAUGAUCGGCUAGACUCGUUGGAAGUGGACCGUGAGGUGUAUGGGGCGUACAUUUUAGGGGUGCUGCAAGAAGAGGAGAGUGACGAGGAGAAAGAAGAUGCGCUUCAAGGGAUUUUAUCCGCAUUUCUGGAUGAGGACAGCGUGGAAAUCAUCUGCAAACAGAUCAUCAAGCAGUGGACAGAGUGGCGCAACAAAUCAGCAGCCAAAACUGAUGCUGACGAUGCUGAGGUCCAGGCCAUCGCCAGUAUGAUAGAGAAACAAGCUCAGAUUGUGGUGAAGCAGAAGGAGGUGUCUGAGGAGUCGAAGAAGAGGAAAGAAGCCCUCCUCGCUCAAUACGCUAAUGUAACAGAUGAGGAAGAUGAAGCUGAAGAAGAGGAGCCACCAAGUGGAAUUAACCCCACAGGAAAUGAUAAAUCCCUGUUUAAGAACACCAAUGUGGAAGAGGUGCUGAACAGACAAAAGCAGAAGCGGGAGCAGGCUCGUGAAGACGCUCAGAAGAAGAAGGAAGGGGACAAGAUGCAGCGGGAGAAGGACAAACUAGCCAAACAAGACAGGAAAGAGAAGGAGAAGAGACGCACACAGAAAGGCGAACGCAAAAGAUAAAACUAAGAGGAAAGACACUUUGUAUGCGGAAAGGUUUUGUUAUGAGACAACAAUGAAAAACUGUAGUCAUUGCCUCUUUUUAGCUAAACCUCAUUGGCGCAUUCAGUAUGUGAACGUCUUCAUCAGAUCCUCCAUGUCAGGUGCUUUCACUUCAUAUGUGUAAACAACAAGUUACUGGAUACUGUGCAGAUCCAAAAUCCUGAUGUUUGUUUUCUUGGAUACUGAGAAAGAAAGAUGUCAAGAAAUAAAGCUGCAAAUCUUUAUAUGACGAUGAUUCUGACAGUCGGUCGAUCAAACAAAUUAUUGCUCAUUUAAGUCUCCGCCGUUAUGUUAUUGCAGCGAGUGUGAAACAUGCUUUGGCUGAGCUUUGACACAGUUACCCCUGAAAUGAUCAAAGUAUACACUCGAAACACAAACUGGAUUGAUCAUGGUAAAAGUGGAGGAAUGCUUGUAAAGCAACUCAGUCUGCAGAGUUUCUGCUGUUCUCCUCUGUGCCAAUAUGCCUUUGAUUUCUGCACAACUUCUAAGUAAAGGUGAGUAUUCAUGUCAAACUGUUUUGCUUUCAUUUCAAUGUUUGUUAUACGGUCUAUGCAUUGUGUCAGAGAAUAAAAACACAGGAGCGAUUGCUAAAUUAUACCUCAAAUAUAUCAUGUACCAUAAUCUGAAUGUUUAUAAUGAGGGUCAUCAUCUUUUGAAAUUCAUUAAAAAAAACCUUUUCAGCAA